AUGGCCGAUUUCCAAUCCCUCUCCAUCUACACCGCAGCGCCCUCAGCAACAGAACUCGUCAACCGUCCAGACAAGACUUUCGCCGUCAAAGGCCAAGCCGAGUUCCUAGCCGUCGCCAUCGCUUUGGAUGUGCCCAUCCUUAGCGCCAACAACAAUGUCAUUGCAAGCAUGAACACGCUCGCAACGGGCGCUGGCGCCUCGUUUGCAGUCUUUGCUUCUUCCGAAGAGAUGAAGUUGAACCCCGAGGAAGAUUUUCUCAAUCCUUCGCAGCAGGUGCAAAAGUCGUUUGAAGAGGCCAAGUCGGGGAACAAGUUUCGUCGCUACGUUACCAAGAAGAUUGUUACGGCGCAAGGAUUUGCGAGUGAUGAUUCUCGACAACUCGCCGCUGUCAUUAAUGAGAUACGGAUUUUGUCUGAUGAGACGAUCCGACAAUGCCCUUUUAUCGUUUCAAUGCUGGCUGUUUCGUGGAGUGAGUCUCCUAGUCUUGGGCGAUUCUGGCCUCAAGUUCUCCUCGAAGCCGCAGACGAGGGCACCCUGGCAGAAUAUUUGUCCACUGUCGAUAUAGACUUCAACAAUCAGCUUGCCAUAACCAUGGAGAUCGGACGCGGUCUUCAAUUCCUCCACUCGCAAGGGAUCGUCCACGCCGAUCUAAAACCAACAAACGUCCUCGUCUUCAGUAACGGCUUCAGCCAAGAGCAGCAGGAGCUGUCGGGCAAGCUCGGCAUAGCAUCGGUUCGGGCGAAGCUUUGCGACUUUGGAUAUGCAGUCAUCAUCGACGACUACAAGUCCGAGAAGUUGUUCCAAGCAAGGAUCGGUAGCUACCCUUGGAUGGCGCCUGAGCUUGAUGCCGAGGAGACUAUCGAGUUGACGAAUCUUCACAAGACCGACAUUUACUCCCUUGGAUUGCUUGCCGCUAGCAUUUUUAUGAACGGCAGCUUGCCCUUUGAGGGAAUCACACCAGAUGAGGUCUCUGACAUCAAGCCAAGGUUGAAGGAACACCCGGAUGCGGCUGUUUCAACGGUUAUGAAGAAUAUCAGGAGCAAAACCUCGCUUGAUGAGUAUCAAGAGGAGUACAUUCAAGCCUUUCUCUCGGGGACGUGUGUGCCCUCCCAGGCUGACCGAGUGUCACUGUCUGCGAUUCAAAGCUACCUUUUCUUGGGUAUGAUGCAACAGCUUGGCAAAGGAAAGCCGGCCAUUCCACUGGAGUGGUUCCCAGACCUUCGCGAGGCAGGAGAGAGCUAUCAAGUUAACAUGCCUAGUGAUGCUUUGCAAGCGCUUGAAAAGAAGCAUUCAAAGCCGGCACAGGGGGAGACCGAGGAAGAUCACAAUGUGCCACAAAUACUCCUCGACCUCCGAAGAAUGCGCGACGAAGUCAUUUCCAUUCAGAUCGGCAACCCCGAGUUCGAAGAGACCUUGGCAAACGCGUUUCAGGACCACAGCCUAAAACCAGCAAAGGUCCGAAAGUUCAGGAAGGCUUGGAAGACUGAUGACGACUUUGAGGAGAGUCAAGACUUUUUUGAUCGGAUGGAUGAGGUGUUUGAUCGAGCUAUCCUCAAGACACCAGAUUUUGCGUUUGAGCAUACUUUGACUGCCGCGUUGAUGCCCCGUGUGGCUCGAAAGGAAGUCAUCGAGGAUCUCAAGGCAACAUGCGAUUCUGACUACAUUGAGGAUCCGGCCGCACCAUUCCAUCUGGCUGGUGCGUAUUUAAACGGCCAGGUUGUUGAUCCGUCAAUUGAGGAAGGUCUCAAGUACCUCGCAACUUCAGCCGUGAUGAAGAGUCCAGAGGCUGUCUCCUUGAUUCUAAACGUCUUUGAUGCCUGCGAGGCACCUUUGCCCGAGGACAUCCGAGACGACUUGCUGGCAACCAUCAAGACUUACGGGACGAUGACAUUUAGCGGUGCACAGGCAACUCUCUUUGAUCACCCUGUCCCAAAGCACAUCGAGCACAACGUUGUUCUCGGAAGAAUAUGGUCCAAGAGAUGGCCGGAGGAGUACGAAAAGUGGUUGACCACUGAUCGAAGGAUCCUCAACACCGUGUUUCCCGCCAACAACAACCCGUUGUACUUGAGAGCCGAGCCCAAGACUGGACAACCGGAGUUUGACUUUGACCGUUUGACGACUUUCAAAAUGGGUGGGCCUGACAAGCUUGAUCCUGCAAAGCGGCAGGGCUUUAUAGAAGAAGUUACUCGGCUCGGCUGUCUUGAAGCCUGCAGCGAUUAUAGCUUCACGCUGCUGCGAGUUGCUGCUGUCAAGGACGAUCUCGAAAUGGUCAAGAUUCUUGUCCUCGAGCUUGGAGCCUCUAUCAACGCUCACGGGAACACUUACAGAUGGACUCCGUUGCUGCUCGCAUGCCAUUGUGGCUACUUCGAAAUGGCAAAGUGGCUGGUCGAGCAUGGGGCGGAUGCUACUAUUCGAGAAGAACUCCACGGAGCAACUAUUCUUCACUCCUUGCACAGAUUCUCUGAUCGUAAAGAGUGUGAAGAGAUCCUCGACAUUGCUCUCUCUGCAGAUAUUGACAUCAACUGCACCAUGAAGAACGGAAUGACACCGCUUCAUGCCACAUUCUCUGGCUGGGAUUACUCUGAAGGCGCAGCUGCGAGACUUCUCCUCGAGUAUGGCGCAGAUCCAACAAGACAGGCAGAAGAAUGGGAUGGGAACUUUGGAUUUUUUACUCCAAUCGCCCAAGCUGCCCAGGUGCUCGACGUGGACUUGACACUCGAGAUGAUAUCGGCGGCAGAGUCCUUCAUCUCCAUUGCUGGCCUCUCUGCACGCCGACAACUCAGUCACGCCAAAGCACAGGCCUUCUCCGCUUUGACAACAAGAACUCGGUUCUAUUUCAUGGCAACUACAGUUCUUCCAGAGUUGAUCAAGCUUGUGGAGGAUUUGCCACUUGAGAAACGGGAAGGCAAAAGCAUCAAAGAGAUCUUGGAGAGUCAGGACAAUUCUGGCCACACGCUUUUUGCCCAGCUACUUCUUGAAGGAUACGAUGAUGAGAGGCAGCUUGCAGAGUCACUUCGUGUCAAGUAUGACCUCCAACACGAUUACAAGAUGCGGGAGGAUGGGGACAAGUGGACGACCUUUGUCGGUUACAUGAUUUCGGCUGCUGCUGCCGACGGUCUCAUACCAAUCGAGCAUGUGCAGUACUUACUUGACUUGGCUCCAGCACCACAGUAUGUCUGUGACUCUGAUGGGGGAACGUUACUUUCUUUGGCGGUCCAAGGAUUCUCCGGCUCGCGAAACUCGUACGAUUUGCCUUGCCACCAGAUCACAGGGAUGCUACUACAGAAGUACCCCGAACACAACAUCCUCUUUACACGCACCAAAACACAACGCACUGUUCUUCACGUUGCCUCCUAUUGGUCUAACAAGACAGCUCUACAGAUGAUCAAAGACCACGUACAGCGCAACUGCCCGGGGAAGCCGGUACCGUGGAACCUCAUUGAAGGGGGUAACACUGUUUUGGACUUUGCGUCACUGGGUGUCAGGGAAAAGACCCUCCCGGCACUUGGCCCCGAGGGUAACAAGGCGGCCUCCAGAUCGACAAGGAAGGCUGCUUUGGAGUGUUACAGGUUUUUGAGACAGAAUGGGGCUCUACACAACUGGGAGUUGCAGGGCACCAUGAUAGCGGCACGGCUACUCAUGUACAAGGUGGACUUCGUCAAGACUGGCCUCUUCAUGCGAGUGGCAACAGAACGGCUUGGCCUCGGAGCACCAGAAAUGGAUCUGGAUGCUAUGGAGGGCUUCGAGCAAUUCCACGGCUGGUUUGAGAAGCGGAUGACCAAGGACGAUCCCCGAUUCUACGAGAGCCUUAACCUGCCCCCAGGACUAUGCAAGUCUCCCCUUCCCACCUUUAGUGACCACGGUUGA